ACGCAAUGACGCCUGCAGCGAGUCCCACGAAGGGUGGGCAGUAUUUCCGGCCUGAGGAGCGCUGGCGUUUCUGGGGCGACGCCUCAGCUGGCAGAUACCUCCAAGCAAGAAGCCAGCAGACCAGCUACCUCCAUCUUCAGCGUCGCCAUGGGUGCUGUGCUGGGCGUUUUCUCCCUCGCCAGCUGGGUUCCAUGCCUCUGUGGCAGUGCAUCGUGCUUAAUGUGUGGUUGCUGUCCCAAAAAGAAUUCCUCUAUGACUCGAUUCAUCUAUGCUGCAAUUCUCUUUCUGGGCACAAUUAUGUCCAUUAUCAUGCAAACAGAAAUGAUGGAAACUGAGCUGAAGAAAAUUCCCGGAUUCUGUGAAGGGGGAUUUAAAAUUGAGGCAACUGAUGUAAAGGCUGAUAAAGAUUGUGAUGUGAUGGUUGGUUUUAAAGCUGUGUAUCGGAUCAACUUUGCGCUGGCCAUCUUUUUCUUUGCUUUCUCUUUACUUAUGUUUAACGUGAAAACAAGUAAAGAUCCCAGAGCAGCAAUACACAAUGGGUUUUGGUUCUUCAAAAUUGCUGUCAUUGUUGGUAUCAUGGUUGGAUCUUUCUACAUCCCUGAGGGCGGCUUCACCUCAGUCUGGUUUGUCAUUGGCCUGGUCGGGGCCGCUCUCUUCAUCCUCAUCCAGCUGGUACUCUUGGUAGACAUGGCUCACUCUUUGAAUGAAAGAUGUAUGAAAAAUAAGGAAGAAGGAAACCCCAGAGUCUGGUACACUGUUUUACUUUCUUUAACAAGCUUAUGUUACAUCUUGUCAAUCGUCUUUGUUGGGCUGCUCUGCGCAUACUACACCAAACCAGAUGACUGCACGGAAAACAAGUUCUUCAUCAGCAUCAAUGUGAUCCUUUGCAUUGUGGUUUCUGUUAUAUCAAUCCACUCCAAAGUUCAGGAACACCAGCCGCGUUCUGGCCUCCUGCAGUCCUCUGUCAUCACUUUGUACAUCCAGUACCUCACGUGGUCGGCCAUGACCAACGAACCUGACGAGGCCUGCAACCCCAGCCUGCUGAAAAUCCUCACACACAUAGCUGCGCCGACCAUGGCUCCUGCAAACACAACUGCUGCGGUCCCCACCUCAGCUCCAACUUCAGAGAACUUCCUGAACGCCAAGAACAUUUUGGGAAUGCUUGUCUUUUUUGUCUGCCUUGUGUAUUCUAGCAUCCGCACUUCCAGCAACGCCCAGGUGAAGAAGCUGACCCUCUCCGGGAGUGACAGUGUGAUCCUUGGUGAUACAACUUAUGAAGAGGACGGGCAGCCUCGGCGGGUUGUGGACAAUGAGAAAGAGGGUGUGCAAUACAGCUACUGCACCUGCCACCUGAUGUUCGCCUUGGCUUCCUUGUACAUCAUGAUGACCUUCACCAGCUGGUACAACCCCAAUGCCACGUUCCAGCCCGUGUCCAGCAGGUGGUCAGCUGUGUGGGUCAAGAUUAGUUCCAGCUGGGUGUGCCUCCUCCUGUACGCCUGGACCCUCAUUGCUCCAAUUAUCCUCACCAAUCGGGACUUCAGCUAAACUUCUGGUGCCAAGGAUGCUGCCGAAGCUCAUAAAGGUCACCUUUGCUGAAAAUUCAUGUCCUUUUAACUUUGCUUCAACUAAACCACUAAGUGAAUGCUUUGCCAGUUUGCCUGUAUUCAGGUUAAUAGCAAAAGGCAAGAUUGAAUAACGUUCAGUGCAGAAUCUGAACUUCUCGUUUCUAUGUAUAUUAUGUUUAUUUGUAAGGCUAUAGCACAAAGAGAACAUUUUUAUGUGUCAAAGUGAACUACAGCUGUGCUGUGAGGAAAGUUCUUUAUAAAGACCUACAGGUUCUUACAGCUUUGAUUUAAAAUACUAGAAGAAGAAUGUUGGAUAUUUGAAGCUAUGGUUAAUAUAUUUCUAUUGAAGUCUCCUUACAAAGCAAAAAAUAAUGCAUUUAUAUGACAUUUUCCUCUGUGAAGGUCUGUAAUAUAAGCGCACUGCUCAGUGAGUAACUCUUAGAGGUGUAGCAGUGUGUUUCUCGGGCGAGGGCUGCGUGAGGAAGUCCUUCCUCAGAAGAGUGGUUGCUGAGAAGGCUACUGCUUCUGCAUCUUGAGUUUCUUUACUUUUUUAUAUUACAGCAUUGAUGCUGCUUGAUACAAGUCUGUGGCGUUGCCAUAUAUAUUAAUUUCAAUACAUGCUUUGUAGGUUUGAUUAAAAUGAAGAUUCAGUUGGGAAAACACUGCAGUGUAUAUGUAAUCUUCUUGUUAUGAGUAUGUAAAAGUAAAGUGCAUGUAAAUUUAUUAUAUUUGCACUAAAGGUAUUUGAUUAAAAUAGAAAGAUAUUAA